CCACAUGUUGUGUCCAGUUAGGUGACGUGGGCAGUGCUUCAGUGCGCAUUUCGGCCACAGCUACAGAAGUGUAUGGCGACCGCGCUCUUUCUCCAAAAGACGUUCGAGAUGCUCAACGUCUCACAACCCGAUGUGGCGGCGUGGACGCCAGACGGUCGUGCGUUUAAUAUCUACGACCUCAAGACCUUCGAGUCGACGAUGCUCGUGCGCUUCUUCCGCCACGGCCACUUUAGCAGCUUUGCGCGCCAACUGCGCUUCUAUGGUUUCACCAAAUGCCGGCGCCACCAGCACAUCGAGAAGGAGCCGGCGUGGGAGUUUACGCACCCCCACUUCCAGCGCGACGACCCGAUGCUCAUGGUGUGCAUCACGAGAAGCACCAACCCGGCCAUGAAGGCAAGCAAUAACAGUUCCAACAACGAAGUCCACGAGCUCCAGCACCGCGUCGAGACGCUGGAGAAUAACAUCUCAGCGCUCACUACCCAGCUGGGUUUGCUCACAAAUGUGCUGUUAUCACGCGGCAUGGUGCCUCCGACGGCUCCGAUCGAGGAUACGACAACGACCGCACUGAGCGAAUUCUUGUACACCGACGAGUUUAGCGGACUCUAACACGCUCCCUGCAGCUUCUUGCGCCAUGAUGAAGUGAUUGCGCACCUGCUACCUCGUAUCUCGUACCUUUUACAUAAGACUACGUAACGACAAGUGUGAUAAAUUGUGA